AUGGAGUUAUUGCUUCUUUACGUGAUACUUUUAUCAGUGGUUUCGGCAGAAACAAAUAUCCUUGUAAAUCCAUCAUUUGAAAUAAUGGAUGGCAACAAAGUUAAAAAUUGGUCUUUUUCAUCAUCGGCAACAGUACAUACAACGGAUAAAAAGGAUGGUUUACAGUCAAUAAAAAUAAAGGGUACAUCAAAAGUGGAAUUUGUAAGUCAAAAAGUGUCUUUAGAAACGAGUUUUCAGUAUAAAGUUUGUUGCAAUGUUAAAUUAGACGCAAACGAAAAUAAUUUUUUUAUGUUUGCUAUUGAAGAGUUUUUCAAUGGUACUUAUAUUACCGGAUCAUACAGCCCGCGAUACAAUCAAACGAAUGGAUGGGAAAAAUUGUGUUUUAAUACAUAUAUUAUUAAAAAUGAAACUCACACAUACACAAACAUUUAUUACGUCGUUAAAGACACCUCAGGUGUUGCUCUUGUUGAUAGUGUAUCAGUGACCAAAUUAACAUCUUUUCUUGAUAACGUCGAAGUAGUAAGUUACAGACAAGAAGUCCAUGACACUCACAAGUCCUUUGAAGUAUAUGUUAAACAAAACGCAUCGUCUCUUGUUGAUCUUCAACAUCUUAAAAUAACAGUGUCGAUUUUUAAAAGUGGCGUUCUAAAAAAGACUCAAACUGCUUAUGCGACUGGUACGGUGACCAAAUUUUUGUUUGAAAACGAAUUCAGCGUUAAAGGAAUUUAUGAUGUGACUGCAGAGUUGUUGUAUGUGCCCGAAAACACCAAAGAAGUCGUAAAAACAAAAUUUAAUCGAGUCAUUGAUAAACAACAGAAAUACACAUUUGAUAAAUAUGGAAGAGUUCUUGAGAAUGGAGUACCCAUAUUACCCAUUGGUUUGUAUUACUAUGCAAUAACUGAAAGUGAAAUAGACCAACUUAUAACAACACACAUCAAUAUUAUGAUACCUUAUAGACGGCCGUCAAUCAAAAUGUUGGAUUUGAUGAAUUUGAAAUAUGGAGAACGAUUAAAAGCGGUGAUAACAGUGAGAGAUUUGUACUCUUAUAAUAAAAAUUCUUGUAAUGUCACAAAGGAUUAUUAUAAUGUUGAAUAUAACAAUUUGCUAACGUACGUCGAGACAUAUAAAGACCAUCCAAAUGUUUUUGCGUGGUAUGUUGACGACGAAACACCAUUGUGUGGAAUUGAUGAAAUGACCAAUUUGACGAUGACUAUUAGAGAUAAAGACCCCGAUCAUCCGUGUUAUUCAGUGUAUUAUCAGUAUUUGGAUACUGUACAAUACCUCCCGUCUUUUGAUGCGUUUGGUCUUGAUAUAUAUCCAAUUAACGAAUCUACAGUGUAUUCUGUGUAUAAUCUUCAAAAUAAAAUUAAUAAUGAUGUUAUGGGAACACGUUCUACUUGGCCGGUAAUACAAGCAAUGAACUGGAUGUCGUAUGCUCUCCAAUUUCCAGAAAAAUACAAAAAUAAAAAUACAAGAGCACCAACAUUGCAGGAGUUGCGAGUGAUGAGUUGGUUGGGUUUUAUUGGAGGAGCUAAGGGGAUGUUUUAUUAUUCGUAUUUCGACUUUGUGUAUAUGGACGAUAAAGGUGAUCCUUUUAUGAACAGAUGGUUUGAUUUGACAGUCGCAACAAACGAAAUUUAUAACAUGAGGGAUAUCAUCCUUUCUGUUGAAGAAACAUCACAAUACACCGUGGAGGUAGAGACGGAUCGUGUGUUGUAUUUGAAAAAAAGAGUAAAGAAUUAUGAUUAUAUUAUUAUUGCAAAUGCAGACGAAAAAGAAAGCAGAAGCGCUACUGUCUAUCUUCCAAAUAAUAAAUGUGAAAGAAUAAUGGGAAAUGGAAAAAUCGAUAAAACUGAAGAAAAAGUCAAUAUUAAAUUGGAACCAAUUGAUGUGUUUAUAUUAAAAAUGGAGUCGGCCUCUUUAGGCGUUUUAACACUUAAAAGCCAUACAAAAUGCGUUUUUGGAAAAUGA